GGGCGGGGAAAAGGAAGGAAAACACGGAAGUGCUGAAGGACCUUAAUUCAAGAGAAGGUUGUUCAUGCGGCCAGGAAGAGAGAGAGAGAGAGAGCGAGCGAGAGCGAGAGAGAAACCUUUUACCAAUCUCAGAGAGCCACUGCCCUCGGAGAGGGAUGGACUUUAUCUUGGAAGUGCACAUUAGAAUUGGACCAUGAGCUGAAGCUCCACCUCCCUCUACUAUUCCGCGAUGAACGACAAGCUGCUCUUCCUCGGCCUGCUGUACUUUGUGCAGGGCAUCCCGUAUGGCUUGCAGUCCUCACUUCUUCCAGUCUAUCUUCGCGGCACUGGCCAGUCGCUCACCCGCAUCUCCCUCGCCAAGGUACUUUACUUCCCCUGGGUGCUCAAGGUGCUGUGGGCACCCCUAGUGGACCGGGCGGGUACCAAGCGGCGCUGGUUGGUGUCGACGGUCGGCGGAUUGGCGUUUGUGUGUCUGGCGGGCGCGACGCUGUCACCUGAGCUACAGCAGGGUGGUGUGGCGGGCGUGCUGCUGGCCAUGAACACGCUGGUGUCGGUGCAGGACGUGGCAGUGGACGGUGCAGCUGUGAGGUUGCUGCGUGGCGCCGCUGAGCUCGGCCUGGGCAACACGGCGCAGGUGGUGGGCUACAAAGCAGGCUCAGUGUUUGCCGGAGGUGGCCUGCUGGCCGUCAUUGACGUAGUGGGAUGGGCGUGGACGUUUACACUUCUGUCUUGUGUAUACGGAGGGGUGGCGUUGUUCGUAUGCGGUGUGAAUGUACUGGACGGCGAAACGGGGCGGGUCCCAGCAGAGCCGAGGAGGGCCACGCGGGACACAGCAAGACCGUGGGCUAUUUGGAGGAAGCUGAUGGAUGUGCCGGGGACGCCGUGGACCAUGCUGUACGUGCUUACUUAUAAGCUAGGUGAACAGGGAGCCAUCACUAUGUUCCCCCUCUUCCUAUUGGAUCAUCAUAUGACGGCGCGAGAGCUCGGCCUGUGGAACGGCGUGGUCGCCAUGGCAUUCUCUAUAUGCGGCUCCUCUCUUGGAGGAUUCUUACUCUCAAAGUACAGUAUCAGCAUGUUGAUGAGGCGUGUGUUUGUGAUACGGACCGUCGGCAUGGUUUUCCAGUGCUCGCUACUAACUGUGCUUGAGCCCUCUCCUCUAAUGAAAGGCAUGGCAGUGUUGAGUCUGAGCAUGCAGCACUUUAUCGCAGGCCUCAUCACUACUCUCACCUUUACCUGUAUGAUGCACUGCACACAGAGAGCUGAGGAGAGCAUCCAGGCAACUCACUACAGUUUCUUGGCCACCCUGGAGGUGUUAGGGAAGUUGUGCUUCAGCGCCCUAGCUGGAGCCAUAGUGGACACGGUGGGCUUCCCUAUCGCCUUCCUUCUCUUCCUCUUCCUCACCUCCAGCAGUGCUCUGCACGUUUGGAGAGCCAUGGACACGGGAGUUCUGAAGGAACAGCUCAAAGAACAGCCGCAGUAAAUCAAGGACAGGAAGGGUCAAGGUGUGUGUGUGUGGCUGCGUGAAUGUGUGUAUGAAUCGUAAAGGAACAUCUAGAAGAACAAGUGAGAAGCAGUGGAAAAGAAAAGAAAAAAAAAAAAACAGGAGUUCUCUGCUUGAACUGCUGGCCACAUAAACCAACAUUCUAUAUAUACACAAUGCAUAUUACAGUUAAGUGAUUAUAGAGAGGUCUUCCUUAUAGCAUAAAUUCAUUACGUCAGGUGUCAAUCGUGAAGAACUCAAAAGCCUUCACAAAAAGCAGAUUUGCAAUACUGCAAUUAGAUUUAAUCAGCAAAAUCCAACCAUUUUAGUGUGAUUCAGCACUGGAAGCUUUGGAAGCCUUCACUGCUCAGACACAAGUGGUUUAAGAAGAUCAGGGAAAACACUGAUUUUCUGGCCUGAUCCUGGUAUCCACUAACAGCUAAGACCCUGUUUACACACGGUCGCUUCGUGUGUCCUGAAUACCAGGAUUAUAUCCGGAUAGAGAUUAUCCACAUAAACAGUAGAUGAAAGUGUCAAUUUGAGGUGACUUGAGGAGACUAGUGUCCUGCAGAACUUGACAAAUAAAAUUCCAGAGAGUGGGCGUGCCAGAUAUGAAGCACUUGGGAUAAAUCCAAGUGGAAAAUAAGUGUAGAUUAAUGGACGCAAAAAAAAAAAAAAGUCGGACAGCGGCGGGUUGCUUGUUUGGCGCCGCCCGAAGCGUUUACCGCUUUCGUUCAUUUGUCUUAAUAAAGUAAAUGCUUUAUCCUGACCAUAUAGUUUAAAUUACGAGCAGCAACAACAACUAAGUUAAUUAGAAAAUAUCACAAGCAGGUAAAAACUAUAUAAUAAAUAAUUAAAGGAGAGUGGAUUGGGCUAGAUAAUUAAUAAAUAAAUACAUAAAUACAUAAAUACACCUCUAUGUCAAGUGUAACUGCAUCUGUCUCUCAAAGCCACAUUUCCUAACCAAAACCCCUCCCACAAGGUGACGGACAUGCUACAGGAAUGAGGAUGUUGGUGCUUUUAAACUGUUAGUGAGUUUAAAAAUGAUUUUAAAGCAGCAACUGCAGAACAACACCGAUUUUUGCAUAUUAACGCGUAACACAGAGAUCGGAUAUCGGAUCAGUCUGGUCAACCGGAGAUGCAUUUGAUUAUAAGUGUGAAUGCAUGUGGUUAAAAUCUUAUCAGGGUACAAUCCAGAUACAAGACGCAUGAGAAGUCCAGGUGUAAACAGGGUGUAAAGCUCUCGCAGCAGCCAGAUGUUGCCGGCAUGUGAGAAACUGUGGCUCGUGCUAGCGGAUUGUUCCAACAUGCUUUUCAGCUGUCAGGAAAUCUAAGCCAAUAAAACUGAGCCAUCACUGAGAGCAUGUCAUUAGGUUUACCAAAAGAGUAGUAGCCAGUAUUUUACUCACAGCUUUAAUAUAUUCAAAACAACAAAAACAACUUCAUAUUAUUUAAAUUAUGUAUUACAGGAAUUAGGUCUCUAGUAACUGAAAUGUAAUGAAAACCCAGUAUUAGUAUGAUAUGAUAUAGAAUUAUGAUAUCUAGUAGUCUUUGAAAUACUGUUUUUUUUUCUUAAUAACACCAGAGCUUACUGUAUUAACUGUAAUUGAGCAAAGAGAAUGUGUCAGUUUAAUUUAUAUUUUUGUUUAGAAAUCAUUCAUUUGUCCAUUUGAACAGCAUCUCUUUUUAAAAAAAGAGAAAAUACUUAAUAGUUUAAUCAUUAGUAUGACACAUUUCCAACCUCAGAUAGCAUCAGAUAUUUCCCUGAAAUAGACCAAGUGUCAAAUUAUUAUUAUUAUUAUUAUUAUUAUUAUUAUUAUUAUUAUUAACGUCUAGUCUUUUAGCUGGAUGUAAAAUACUGUAAAUCUAAAUUAUUGGAUGUACAAUAUCUUUGCCAGCGAGAUUGCUGGUUGUUUUUGAAGCACACCAUUUCUAUAAAUUUCUGUGUGUGGAACUUCACUCGAGUGCUUUACAUUUCCUAUGCAACAAUGCAAUAAGGUUUGUUCUUAACUGAUCUGUUUGUCUACUACUAUAGAUCAGGGGUAUUCAACUACAAAUCGUGAAGGUCCAGCUACAUAAAAUUCCUUGUUUACAAAGAUCUGGAUAAGCAGCUACCAUGAGUGAAUGGCAACAACAGUUACCUUUUAAUGUCUUUAAUGAUUAGUUUAUCUCAAUAAGAGAAUUUAAUGGGGGUUUUUUUGUCUUUCACACUGGCACAUACACCAUUUGGACUAGCACCAUGCAUUCUGAACAUCCGUUUACAACUUGAAUUGUAGAAUAAAUGCAUCUACGUUUUUUUUUUGUAAACAAGCCAUGUUGUCACUUAACUAAUCAGAUGAGAGAAGAUAAAUGAAAAAAAAAAACUAGCUGCUUUCAGCUAAAUAAUUUCCACAAGUGCAUGUGAUUGGCUGCAAAAAGCCACAACAGAGCAUCUGUUACAGAAGCAUUGAUGGUUCAUGUCAAUUUAUUUCAUAUGUUUACUGGCUCCGCUAAAGUAUAUUUCGUGCACCUGGACUGCAGCAUGCCAGAUAACAACCCUGACUGUACAUUUUGUUUUUAGUUUAUUUUGAAUAAUUCUAUGCAAAAAUUUGAAUAAGCAAAAGUAGCAAAAAAAUCAUUAUUUAAAGGACAAUGGACAGCAGAGUAACCAUCAUCCUCAACUUAAUCCUUAAUUAUUAUUCAUAUGUUGGAGAAUGCCUGAAGAAACAUCAGUGGAGUUGAGAGGCUUUGGUGUCUUUUUUUUAUUUAUUUAUUUACACACACACAUUUUUUUCGGUUAAUUACAUUGAAUUUUCACAUAUUCACUUCCAGUGUGCAUAGAUAGUAGGGGUGUAACGAUAUACUCUGUUCAAGAUUCAAUUCGAUUCACAAUAAUGGCUUCCUGAUUCAAUCUGGUUUGAUUCUCAGAAUAUUUUGAACAAAAUCUGAAUGACGAACAAUGAUGUCUGAAAGGGUUUAAUAUUGUAAAUAAUGUACUACAGGUUCACCAUAUUUUAAAAAUAAAGGAAAAAAAAAAUUAUAAA